CGGAGGCCCCGCGACCGCGCACAUGGCCGGCGGAGCGGAGUGGCGGCUGGCCUGGUAUUUGUCGAUGAUGAGGAGGGAGCAGCUGCGCGAGUUCCGGCUUCGACUCGGGCUCGGGGAGAAGGAGCUCGGCGGACCCUCCAGGGCCACCCUGGCCCAGCGGGGCGAGGAGGGCCACGUGGAGGUGGCUUCGUGCCUGGUGGCCCAGCAUGGGGGGCGGCAGGCCUGGCACCUGGCCCUCCGCACCUGGGAGGGGAUGGGGCUGAGCCGGCUGUGCGCGCAGGCCCGGGAGGAGGCGGCCCUGACGGCAGCCGAGACUUCCUCUUCCUGGUUCCCCUGCUCCCCGAGCUCGCCCUCCGUGCCGUCCCCCAGCCGGCCCACCUCCACCGAGGUGCUGAGGCUCCUGCCGGACCCGGAUGGAAGGCACCCGGGCCACCCGCCGGGCACGACUGUGCACAGCUGGAGGGGAGACCCUUCCUGGCCCCUUUUCCAAGCGCUUCCGAGCUCCCCAGACCAAGAGUCACCAUUCCAGGAGUCACCCAACGCGCCGACGUCCACAGCGGUGCUGGGGCGCUGGGGGUCCCCACUUCCGCCCAGCCCAGAGCCCGGAAAGCAGGAGGCUCCUGAGGCCGAUACGUGCGGAAACCGCAGCGCAGAACUCAGAGAGAGGAAUCCGCACCAGAAGACAGAGAGGCCCAGCCCCACACAGUGGUGGGAAGAUGGGGACGUGCACCCCAGAUUCACACAGCUGCUGCUUCUACACAGAGCGCACCCCAGAGGCCACGAGUCCCUAGCCAAGGGCAGCUGGCACCACGGGGCGGUGGAGAAGCAGGGACAUCUGAUUGAGCUCAAAGACUUGUUCGGCCCUGGCCUGGGGGCCCAGGAGGAGCCCCGCACGGUCGUGCUGCACGGCGCCGCUGGCACCGGGAAGUCCACGGUGGCCCGGUGGGCGAGGAGAGCCUGGGAGGAAGGCCUGCUGUUCACCGAGCGCUUCCGCCACGUCGUCUACGUCAACUGCAGAGAGCUGGCCCGCUCGGAGGCCGCGAGCCUCAGCGAGCUCGUCGCUCAGGGCCGGGCUGGCCCUGGGGUUCCCGUCGGACGCAUCCUGUCCCAGCCAGAGCACCUGCUCCUCAUCCUCGAUGACCUGGGGGAGCCCAAGUGGGCGCCGGAGGAGCGGAGGGCCGGGCCGGGCCCGCACGGGGACCAGCGGCAGCCGGUGCGCGCGCUGCUGGGCGGCCUGCUGGGGGGACGCCUGCUUCCCGGGGCGUCUCUGCUCAUCACGGCGCGGACCACAGCGCUGCGCGAGCUCACCCCUUCCCUGGAGCAGCCUCGGUGGGUGGAGGUCCUGGGGUUCUCCGAGUCGGCCAGGACGGAAUACUUCCACACGUAUUUCGAGAACGAAAGCCAAGCGGCCAGAGCCCUCAGCUUGGUGGAAUCGAACCAAGCGCUCUUGACUAUGUGCCUGGUGCCCUGGGCGGCCUGGCUGGCCUGCACGUGCCUCAGGUGGCAGAUGGAGCGGGCACAAGAGCUGGCACUGGCGUCGCGGACCGCCACGGCGCUCUGUCUGCACUACCUGUCGCGGGCUCUGCCGGCCCAGCCCCUGGGGGCUCAGCUGAGGGGCCUCUGCUCUCUGGCCGCCGAGGGCGUCUGGCGGGGCAGGAGCCUCUUCAGCUGGGGGGACCUCAGGAAGCACGGCCUGGACGUGGCCACCGUCUCCACCCUGGUGAAGUCCGGCGUUCUCCGGAAACACCCCUGCUCCCCGAGCUACGGCUUCACUCACCUGUGCCUCCAGGAGCUGUUUGCGGCCGUGCGCUGUGUGCUGGGGGGGCCGGGGGAGCAGAGUCAGCGCCCCGAUGGCAUCGCGGGGACCGAAAACCUGCUAGAGGUGUACGGGAGGCGGGACCUGUUUGGGGCCCCGACCACGCGCUUCCUGUUGGGGCUCCUGAGCGAGCAGGGGGAGCGGCACUUGGAGCGGGUCUUCGAGGUCAAGCUGCCGGCGGACAGGAGGCGGGAGCUCCUGCGCUGGGCGGAGGCCGAGGUCCGGGCCCAGCCCCCCUCUCUGCGGCCGGGCUGCCUGCAGCUGCUCCAGUGUCUGUACGAGACCCAGGACGAGGGGUUCCUGACGCAGGCGAUGGCCCAUUUCCGCGGCGCGAGGCUGUGCGUGCAGACGGGCGCCGAGCUCCUCGCCUUCGCUUUCUGCGUUAAGUUCUGCUGCCACGUGGAGAGGCUCCAGCUGAACGAGGGUGGGCGGCACGGACACGCGUGGGGGCCCCCGGGCGUGGCUCUGCUCAGCUGGGCCCCGGUCACCGAUGCCGGCUGGCGGCUCCUCUUCUCCACCCUCCGGGCCACGGGGAACCUGAAGGAGCUGGACCUGAGUGGAAACCCCCUGAGCCCGUCCGCGGUUCAGGCCCUUUGUGACGCCCUGAGGCUGCCGUCCUGCUGCCUGGAGACCCUGCGGCUGGCCGGCUGCGGGCUGGCGGCGGAGGGCUGCAGACACCUUGCCUCGGGGCUGAGCGCCAGCCGGACGCUGGCCGAGCUGGAGCUGAGCUUCAACCUGCUGCUGGACGCCGGCGCGGAGCACCUGUGCGGGGGGCUGGCGCGGCCGGGCUGCGGGCUCCAGCGGCUGCUGGGGGACUCGCAGCCUCCCAGGCCCCUGCGAGACUCCUUUGCUGUCACCCAGAGCCUCCGCGGGGCCCCAGGCGCUAGAGAGGGAGCCCGGACGGCGGGUGUCAGGGCCCCCGGGACGAUGACGUUCCCCCCCCCGCCCCGCAGGCUGGCCGGCUGCGGCCUCACGUCGCGCUGCUGCCCCGCCCUGGCCUCCGCGCUGGGCGCCGGCCCCCCGCUGACGGAGCUGGACCUGCAGCAGAACGAGCUGGGCGACGAGGGCGUGAGGCUGGUGUGCGGGGGGCUCCGGCACCCCGCCUGCUCGCUCACCCUCCUGUGGCUGGACCAGAGCCGGCUGAGCGAGGAGGUGGUGCGGCUGCUGAGGGCCGUGGAGCAGGAGAAGCCCCAUCUGCUCAUCUCCACCCGAUGGAAGCCGGGUGUGACGGUCCCUAAGGAGGGUCCAGGUGAAGGACAGACAGACGACGUGUCUUCACGCAAGCGGCAGAGACAAGAAUCAGAGGGAAGCCCCCGUCAAGUAGCGCAGGUGGGAGCCUUCUGUCUGCCUUCUCCUGCCCUUGCGGAGGACCUGCUCGCGGAGCCUCUGGGGAGUGAUGAUGACUUCUGGGGCCCCCUGGGGCCUGUGGCCACCAAAGUGGUUGACGAAGAGAGAAGCCUGUACCGGGCUCACCUGCCCGUGGCUGGCUCCUACCGCUGGCCCAGCACGGGUCUCCGGUUUGUGGUGAGAGGGCCAGCGACCAUCGACGUUGAAUUCUGUGCCUGGAGGGAGCACCUGCGCGGGACGGUCCCACAGCACAGCUGGGUGGUGGCAGGGCCUCUGUUUGACAUCAGGGCCGAGCCAGGGGCCGUGGCGGCUGUGUACCUCCCGCACUUUGUGGACCUCCAAGGGGGCCAUGUGGACAGCUCCCUGUUCCACGUGGCCCACUUUAAGGAGGAGGGGAUGCUCGUGGAGAAGCCGGCCCGGGUAGAGGCGUCCCACGCGGUCCUGGAGAACCCCAGCUUCUCCCCCGUGGGGGUCCUGCUCAGGACCCUGCAGGCUGCUCUGCGCUUCGUGCCCGUCACCUGCAGCGUGCUGCUGUACCAUCACCCCCACCCGGGCGAGGUCGCCUUCCACAUCUACCUGGUUCCCAGCGACUGCUCCGUCCGGAAGGCCAUAGACGACGAAGAGAACAAGUUCCAGUUUAUGCGGAUACACAAGCCGCCUCCGCUGGCCUCGCUCUACAUGGGCUCCCGCUAUAUCGUGUCUGGUUCCGAGAAGCUAGAAGUCAUCCCCAAGGAGCUGGAGCUCUGCUACCGAAGCCCCGGGGAAGCCCAGCUCUUCUCCGAGUUCUACGUCCACCACCUGGGCUCAGGGAUCCGGCUGCAAAUGAGCGACAAGAAGGAGGGGACUGUGGUGUGGGAAGCCUUGGUAAAGCCAGGGGACCUCCGGCCUGCGGCCCCCCUGCUGACUCCCGGCCUUGCAGGGGCCCCGGCCUUGCUGCACUUCGUGGACCGGCACCGGGAGCAGCUGGUGUCCCGGGUGACGUCGGUGGACCCGGUGCUGGACAGGCUGCACGGGCGGCUGCUGAGCGACGAGCAGUAUGAGAGGGUGCGCGCCGAGGCCACCAAGCCCGACCAGAUGCGGGUGCUCUUCAGCUUCAGCAGGUCCUGGGGCUGGGCCGGCAAAGAUCAGGUGUACGGGGCCCUGAAGGAGGCCCACCCUCACCUCAUCGCGGACCUCUGGGAGGGGGGCGCCGGGGGCGGGGCCCAGCCGCUGCCGCCGUGAGCCCGGCUGUCCCGCUGUCCCGCCGUCCGGCCGCCUCCUCGCUCCGAGGCCGUGGCGCUGCGCCCGCCGACGCUGGGCAUUACGCGCCCAGGCCGCCACCGGGCGCCCAGACGGCCUCGCUCAGCCCCCCAGGCCAGCUGUCCAGCGGGGACAGAAGCAUCCCAGGGAACGUCCACGUGGACUCUUCUGCGGACCUUGUCGACGCCUAACCCAAAAGCCCGGCGUGGCGGCCACGGCAGCCCCCCCGGAGCCCUCCCUGGGCCACCCGGGCGCCCCAGGACGUCGGGGGGGGCGGACCUGGGACUGGCCACCUCUGGCUGAAGACGGACAGCGGGAGUGGACACCUCGGCCUUCUGAACGGCGUGCUGAGCCUGGGUUUGCUAUCAGCCCGAGUUGUGCUUUGCUGUUUCUGAAACCCACGUGAGCCGCUGGAGGCGCGUGGGGUGAGGCAGGGCACCGCAGGGGAAACAGAGUCUGGAGCCCAGUGAAGCCGCCGCCUCCUG